GACCGCGCUCCGUUCUGCAUAAGUGGCGUCUUUAAGAGAUACCCCUUGUGCCCUUUACUAGAUCACUUUUCCUACGCUCUUCCUCCACCAUUCCUCCCCUUUUCAGUGCAGACUGAGUGCCAACCUCUUCAAUCUUAUCUACCGCGAGGUUUUGAACACAUCCCGGCCGUCUGAGUGUGUAAAUGUCCAUUUCAGCAUCUCAGUGGGGCUCUCCUACCGCUUCCAAGCGGGCUCUGCUCAUUCAUGGUUUGGGUAUGUCCUCGAAUUCCUGGGAGGGCGUCGCCCAGCUGUUGGCAGCAGAAGGGUACUUCGUCGUAGCGCCGAACCUUAUUGGACAUGCAUGGAGAGGGGGCACUGACUAUCGCGUGUCUGGCUUUGCAGAAGACCUCCGACAAUAUUUUGACAUGGACACGUCCUACGACGUGAUCAUAGGUCAUUCUCUUGGAGGCCCAGUGGCCUUGUCGCUCUUGCCAUUCUUACCCAAAACGAAAGAAACCACUGUCAUACUCCUCGAUCCCUCCCUCGAGCUUACAGAGGAGAUGGUCAAAGUAAACAAAAAUAGGUUUCUGAAGGAGAUGAUGAAUGUCAAAACUGCCGAAGAGCAUAUGGCUGAGAAUCCUGCUUGGUCGCGACGUGACUGUGUGUUAAGAGUGCUGGGAGUCACUAUGUGCGAUCCCACUACUGUCGACGUUUUUCGGCUAAACUCACCAUGGUCUUUCGGUGGGCUGUUCAACAACAUCCCGUCUAACGUCAAUAUCACCGUGCUGGCAGCAGAUCCGGAGCUUCGUGCUACCUGUCUUUUGGAGCAUGUCCCUCAUGACGUGGAGAGACUGAAUAUUAGAGUUCUUACCGGCGUUGCUCACUGGAUUCAAUACGAGCGUCCAGAUGCUAUCAUGGAUGCAAUUCCGCUACCAAGAGUAACGUGAUUAUGAGCUGAGCGAACAAAGAAAAGAUGGUUCUUAAGUUUAUGUACUUGUUGUUGAUCUUCCUACCAAGAUUAUCUUGUUGGUCUCCCUUAGGCAGACUAUAGAUCAAUGAAGGGAGUCGUUCCUUCUCUACUAAGGAACUGAGCCCUAUACCGCAGUGCGGAGUUUUGCGCUCGCCGCUGUCCGGCAUAUC